AUGCUGACAGAAAACGAUUCUCAGAUCAGCGACUGUUACUAUGUCGUCACUAUGAGACUCGCGCAAGCGCACUUCAAGAGCGUCUACAAAUCAGUGUUCUUCUUGUGCGACGCUGUGCCUCCACUUGCGAAUAGCCUUCAGGUUCAAACACAGAAGCGAGCGAGCUUCGAGCUGCAGCAGUUUCUGGAGCAGGAGAAGCAGAAGGCGAUGCUGAACGAGCUGGUGGCGAAGCUCACGGAGGUGUGCUGGGACAAGUGCGUCACUGCCGCGCCGGGAACCAAGUUUAGCGGAUCGGAGUCUUCCUGCCUAACUCCUCUUCGCUCUUUACCCUCCCCGUUCCAUGAGCACGCACCUCUCCCCCGCCUUAUCCCCGCUCCUCUCCUCUCUCUCUUACCCUCAUUUCACCCUCCCUUUCGCCACCCUCUCUCCCUCCCUCCCUCUCUCCCUCACUCGCCUUCCUAUUUUCCUCCACCUUUCCCCACCUCCCGUACUUGA